AACCAUUUCAAUUCCUUGUAUUUGGUUUUAAAGUAAACAAUCAACAUGAACAUCAAAUUUGUAUUAAUUGUUGUGACAGCUGUGAUUGCAUGCAAUGUGAUUGCUCAUCCAAUUGCGUCCUGUGAUGACGGAUCCUCUGGAUCUGCCGCUGCAUCUGGAGCAGCAUCAUCAGGAGGAGGUUCAGCAGCUGGAUCUGGAGCAGCUUCUGGAGGUGGAUCAGCAGCUGGUUCAGGUGCAGCAUCAGGAGGUGGAUCAGCAGCUGGAUCAGGUGCAGCUUCAGGUGGAGGGUCAUCAUCUGGAUCUGGAUCAGCUUCUUCUGGAGGCUCCGGAUCGGGUGGUUGUGGAGGAUCUGGUGGUGGAUCUGCAUCGUCCGGUGGUUCUAGUUCAUCCGUAAGUGGUGGUUCGGCAUCAGCAUCAUCCGGAGGUUCAAGCUCAUCCGCUGGAGCGGGUGGUGCUUCUGGAUCCUCAGGCGGCUCAAGCUCUACCGCUGCUGGUGGAUCGGCUUCAGGAUCAUCAAAUGGAUCUAGCUCAUCAGCUGGUUCAGGCUCUGCUUCAGGCUCAUCUGGUGGAUCAAGUUCAUCCGCUGGAGCGGGAGGUGCUUCUGGAUCCUCAGGUGGCUCAAGCUCUACCGCUGCUGGUGGAUCGGCUUCAGGAUCAUCAAACGGAUCUAGCUCAUCAGCUGGUUCAGGCUCUGCAUCAGGUUCAUCUGGUGGAUCUAGUUCAUCCGCUGGAGCGAGUGGUGCUUCUGGAUCAUCGGGUGGCUCAAGCUCUACCGCUGCUGGUGGAUCGGCUUCAGGAUCAUCAAAUGGAUCUAGCUCAUCAGCUGGAUCAGGCUCUGCAUCUGGCUCAUCUGGAGACUCCAGUUCAUCCGCAGGAUCAUGUGGUGCUUCUGGAUCCUCAGGUGGCUCAAGCUCUACCGCUGCUGGUGGAUCGGCUUCAGGAUCAUCAAAUGGAUCUAGCUCGUCAGCUGGAUCUGGCUCUGCAUCUGGCUCAUCUGGAGACUCCAGUUCAUCCGCAGGAUCGUGUGGUGCUUCUGGAUCCUCAGGUGGCUCAAGUUCUACCGCUGCUGGUGGAUCGGCUUCAGGAUCAUCAAAUGGAUCUAGCUCGUCAGCUGGAUCAGGUUCUGCUUCAGGUUCUUCUGGUGACUCAAGUUCUUCAGCUGGAUCUGGUUCAGCUUCAGGUUCAUCAGGUGGAUCAAGUUCAGCAGCUGGUUCAGGCGCCGCUUCUGGUGCUUCUAAUGGAUCUGUCUCAGCAGCUGGAUCAGGCUCUGCAUCUGGCUCUUCAGGUGGAUCAUCUUCAUCUGUUAGUUCAAACUCUGCAUCUAGUUCUUCGGGUGGAUCAAGCUCAUCUGUAGGUGGUUCAUCUGGUGGUUCUUGUGACGAUUCUGGAUCAUCUGGCUCAGGCUCGGCUUCUGGAUCAGGAUCCGCGUCGGGUAGUGGUUCAGCAGCUUCAUCAGGUGCUGCUUCUGGAGGAGGAUCAGCAGCGGGAUCUGGUGCUGCUUCGGGAGGUGGAUCUGCAGCUGGAUCAGGUGCUGCUUCUGGAGGUGGUUCAGCAGCAGGAUCAGGAGCAGCAGCGGGAGGUGGAUCAGCAGCUGGCUCUGGAGCUGCCUCUGGAGGUGGAUCUGCAGCUGGAUCAGGUGCAGCAUCAGGAGGUGGAUCAGCCGCAGCAUCAGGUGCUGCAUCGGGAGGUGGAUCCGCAGCUGGUUCCGGAGCUGCUUCUGGAGGUGGAUCAGCAUCAGGAUCUGGUGCAGCAUCAGGAGGUGGAUCAGCUUCUGGCUCAGGAGCAGCCUCUGGCAGUGGAUCAUCAUCUGGUUCGGGAUCUGCAUCUGGGUCAGGAGGAUGUGACGAAUCGGGAUCCAGUGGUUCCAGCUCAUCUGCUGGUUCAGGCUCUGCAUCAGGAUCGUCAGGUGGAUCUAGCUCAGCUGCCGGAUCAGGUGCUGCUUCAUCUGGGUCGGGUGGGUCAACUUCAGCCGCCGGAUCAGGUUCUGCAUCUGGUUCAUCGGGUGGUUCCACAUCAACUGUAAGCUCGGGUUCUGCUUCCAGUUCAUCCGGUGGAUCAAGUUCUUCAGUUGGUAGUGGAUCAGAUGACUCUUGUGUUUGUUAAAUCUCGAUGAAAAUGAUUAUUUACAUAUUAUAUUCAUUAUAAAACAAUAUAUAAAAUCUUAUAAUAAAGCAAAGCCUAUUAAAAAAUGAAA